GGCUGGAGCCCGCGCCGCCGGAUGACGUCAACACGCUUCCGGCCGGAGCGGGCCUGGCAGCGGCGGGACCGCGUCACUGGGGCGCGCCGCGGGUCCGGGCGCGAUGGCGGCGCUGGGCGGGGAUGGGCUUCGCCUGCUGUCGGUGUCGCGGCCGGAGCGCCAGCCCGAGUCGGCGGCUCUGGGCGGUCCAGGCCCCAGUUUGUGCUGCUGGGUGUCCGUGUUCUCUUGUCUCAGCCUCGCCUGCUCCUAUGUGGGCAGCCUCUACGUCUGGAAGAGCGAGCUGCCCAGGGACCAUCCUGCCGUCAUCAAGCGGCGCUUCACCAGUGUGCUGGUAGUGUCAAGUCUCUCGCCCCUCUGCGUGCUACUCUGGAGGGAACUUACAGGCAUCCAGGCACAUCCCUGCUCACUCUGAUGGGAUUCAGGCUGGAGGGCAUUUUUCCAGCAGCGCUGCUGCCCCUGCUGCUGACCAUGAUCCUUUUCCUGGGCCCACUGAUGCAGCUCUCUAUGGAUUGCCCCUGUGACCUGGCAGAUGGGUUGAAGGUUGUCCUAGCCCCUCGCUCCUGGGCCCGCUGCCUCACGGACAUGCGCUGGCUGCGGAACCAAGUGAUCGCCCCCCUGACAGAGGAGCUGGUGUUCCGGGCCUGCAUGCUGCCCAUGUUAGCACCGUGCACAGGCCUCGGCCCUGCUGUGUUCACCUGCCCACUCUUCUUUGGAGUUGCUUCGUUUCCGCCAGAGCAGCGUGGGGAGCAUCUUCUUGUCUGCAGCGUUCCAGUUCUCCUACACAGCUGUCUUCGGUGCCUACACUGCUUUCCUCUUCAUUCGCACAGGGGUCUGGAAAUAAGCAUCUCCUCCCAUCCCACAGCCUCGAAGAUGGAUUCGGCCUUUCCCACAGCGGUGCGGCAUAAAGCAGCCCCCUUCUGGCCCUGCUAGCUGCAUCUCUUCAAAGAGGAUCCCGCCGCCAGCACCCUCCCCGCCACACACAGCACACAGCCAUGCCCUGAUAGUCUCCUACGGCCCCUCCUUCCAGUUAAGGGGGCACCUUCCCAGUCUUCUCCUGCUAACAGCUCCCACUGGGAUGUUCUCUCCCUGGGCUUCCAAGACAUCUUGCUCCCCUCCUUCUCCUCCCUGGUCCCCACUGGAGGCUCCUCCCACCCCUGCAGGAUGGAGUUCUCAGGGCUGUCACUGGGCCUCUUCCCACACAGCACACUCUCUCUGGGUGGCCUUGUUCUGGGCCUCUAGCUCCAGACCCAAAGUGGAAAUGCCUCCUGGGCACCUGUCCUUGUGUGUCCCUCACACAAGCUCAUCAGGUCCAAAAUCAGCUUCUCUCACCCCGGCCUCUGCCUUCUGCUGGGUGUCUCACCGUCUACCCAGUUACCAAAGCCUCCACUAAAAUCACCCUCACCCCCCACUCCUAUGCCACUGGUCAAGCCAGACGACUCUACCACAGCCAUCUCUAGACUCUGUGACCCCUGUCCUCGGGCCAUGCCUUCUGCCGGGCUUCCUCAUCAUGGCCACCUCCAGCCACACCAAUCCUGCCUUGUGCUCUCACACCUCCACACCUGCCUGGUAAGCUCUUCCUGGAAGUCUGAACUCAAAGACCGUCUUUGUCCUCAUCCCCCACCCUCACGGUGGAGCCGGAUGCUCCCUUUCUAGGACUCCAUGGGAUCAGCUGUUGGAAAGUUCCUCCCUCAGCCUCAUCAUCUUUUGCUUGUCUGUCUCCCUCACAUGCCCGGGAGCAUGGGUGCUGUCCAAGGGACCGCUGCCCAUGUGCUUUGUGCACAAGGCCCCCCAGUUAUGCUCGUUAAACAGCUGGGUGACAGAAUGACACUAGGGCAAGGUAAAGUCCAACCUAGAGGCCACAUGGGGGCCUGGGAGCCAGCGCUGUGAGAGAUGCCCCAUGACUGCAAGUGGAAGGGAUUCCAGUGUACGUGUGCCUAUGACCAUAUGGCUACAGCCUGGCUGUUACUUCAGCGAAGGCAGCUCCAUGUGUCACCCAUUCGUGAUCUCUGUUGGCAAGUUCAGUAGGGACUCCAGGCCCAUCAUGAGCUGCUGGGCCCUGUUGCUACUGUGAGAGAUUCUACCUGUUCCCCGGGGCUCCUAUCACCUGGAGGCCCAGAAUGGGAAGGGUGCCUCCCCAGCCAGCAUCCCACUGGCAGCCACUGCAGACUGGGGCCCAGCCGACAUUGCCUCGUGCCUGUCUGGUGUGACCAGUUUGCCUGUUUCCCCUGAGACCAGUCAACGCUCCUCUUAAAGAGAUGGGGACAUUUCGCCUGCGCCAAGGCAUGGCAUUUGAGAUGAAGAAACCAGUUAAACCAUCUAAAGAACCUAGAGCCACUUAGGGGUGGGAAGGAGCCUAAGAAGCCUCCCCGUCCCAUCCUGCAUGUCCCUUUUGUAGACCCCUCCCCGUCUGUAAUUUUCGGAGGCUCUAUCAUCCCAUCUGUACUCCAUGAGGACAGCAACCAGGCCCAUCUGGUUCCUGAUGUACCCCAACUCCCUGCACAGAGUGGCACACAAUGGAUGCCAGUAAACACGUCGUUUAGAGUGAAUGAAAACGUUUUUGAUGGGGAGAAGAGGAACGAGCGGAUAUCUAAUGCCACUGAGCAAGAGUUGACCUGGGCUAGGAUCCAGUGCCUUCAUUUUACAAAUGCAACAGCCGAGGCUGGGGGAGUGGCAACGUAAGAAUGGCUUCCAGUGGCCAGGUGGCUCAGCCCCUCACAGGCUGCUUCAUUUCUCCUCUCAGCCCUAUGAAGCACAUAAAAUUAAUACUCUUUGGCCUAGAUAAGAAAAUUGUCUCAGUGGUUAAAAAACUUGCCCAAGGUUACCUCGUGUACUAGGCAGGAUUAGAGUUCCGUCUGUUUCCCUGAGGGAAGGGAAAGGGUCUGAGUAGCCUCAGGACCAGGAAAUACUUGGGGGAGGUGGUGACUUGCCUUGUUUCCCAUCUGGGCAGCCACAAGGAAAGGCUAGAGUGCCCGACCUGGUUCCCAGCCCUCAGGUCUCCCACCCAAGCCCCGGAACUGGGAGGUAGAAGGCAGGGAACUCACGCUCCCACCCCACCCAGCCCACCACUAAC